UAAAGUACCAUGAAUUUCAAGAUUCGUAAAUUCACAGAAUCCACAAUUUAUCUAAUAAAUAAAAAAUGUUCAAUUACAUCUAGAAAAUCCACUCGUAUCGAUAAAUAGAAAUUUAUAACAUAUAUUCGGACGUUAGUUACUUUUCGUAUGAUCAUUGCGAUCGAUAACUUUUCAAUUUUCAUUUUUAAACCUUCCCAUUUUAACUCCCUAACCUCGUUAUAAUUACCAACCCACUUUAGAAUGACAAUAUCCUAAUUUUCACGAGAGUAUAUCCGAUAAACAAUCCAUGUUAUAGUAGAAAUUUUAAUUGAAAAAUAAAAAUUGUCCACUGGUCUCCGUAGUAAACAGAGAUAUUCGUGGAGGGUGCGUGAAUCGGUAGUGGAAUUCUCGACACGCGACGGUUCGCAAGGGGAUCUUAACUAGUAGUCGUGGUACCGCGCCGCGAGCUGUCUGCAAAGAAGCCGGUGCGCGUGAAUUAGCGAUGCAUCCCGGAUAGAUUUAUCGCGACCAGAUUAAGAUUGACCCUAGGAGAGAGCGUCGAAACAAUCGAUUUUCCCUGCUUGCGCCCGCGCGGCCGUCGACUCGCGGCCAGCACCUCUGGUGGUAGUUAACAACACUACGUGAACUAUCUACGUGGACAAGGAAAAGUCGGUGGCGCGUGGGCGUGGUCGUGGUAGUGACGUGAAUAGUGCUCACGUGCGUGCGUGCGUGCGUGUAACGGCGUUUGUGCGCGCCUGAUGCUGAAUGCACGGGGCGCGAGGCCAACGACAGGGGUUGGCACGGACUGAUUUCGCCAUCAGACUGCCGCCAAGCGGGGAGGUCUGUCUCGCGUGCCAACACACAUCAAUGGUUCAGUUGGGAUGUCGACCAUGGAACCUCAGUCUGACCAGCGUGGUUGUCCUGGCUCUCUCAAAUAUGCUAUUGACUUUCCUGUUGCUGCAGUCGGAAACCUGCAUCCCGGACGAAGUACCCAGGGAUUUGGAAUCAAACGCUGUAAGCGAAUGGAACCUCGCUACCUUAAUCAAAGAGCAGCAGGAGCAACAGCAGUCGGACUGCGUUACACAAGAUUACCAACCGUUGCCAGCUGACGCGAAUGGUUUAAAAUUGAACAUAAAGCUCGGCAGAUGGGACGCUCGUAGAAUGUUUCGAACGUUCGACCACGUUCUCGUUGGAUCUAGUUUCGUCGAGUUAUCACAGGCGUAUCGUGUUUGCCUGGCCACACAGAGCUCGGUCGAGAAGCUGCAUUCGGUCGUUCAGGCGGCUCAUCAUUGGACGGGGCCGAUGUCGGUGGCUUUGUACGCAGCUGGUGACGAAGAGUUCGAGGUUCUUCAGAAGUACCUGAUUUACCUUAGGAAGUGUUACGAACCGAUACGGGAAAGAGUCGCUUUUUCCUUGGCUGUGCCAAGGGUUAGACCGCCGAAGAGGCAGCCGCGAGAAUUCGAGCUGCCAGAGGUGGUAGAUUGUGCCAAACCAGAGGGAACACUGAACGAGUUGAUGAACGGGAUUUCCAACGAGCAGACAAACUGGCGGAUACGAAACGUCUAUCCCCAGAACCAUAUGAGGAACCUGGCGAGGAAAAAUUGCCAGUCAGAUUACGUGUUCUUGACGGACGUAGAUAUCGUGCCGAGCUUUAAUUUGACCGGCGCUCUGGACGAAUUUCUGAGGACUGAUACCUGUGAUAAGUGCGCCUACGUGAUACCGACGUACGAGCUGGACUCGCGCGUCAGAUUUCCACAAAACAAAACGGAAUUGGUUAGGCUAGCGAGAAAGGGACUGGCCAGGCCUUUCCAUCAAAAGGUCUUCAUCCAUAAUCAGUUUGCCACCAAUUUUACAAGGUGGAUACUAGAUACAUCUGCGAAUCAUAAAAACUUCGGCAACGUAAAAACUGGCAAGGUGUACAUCAGUCACGAUGUGACGAACUUCGAAUUCCUUUACGAACCAUUUUACGUGGCAAAGGAUAUUGUCCCGGCUCAUGACGAGAGGUUUAUGGGUUACGGAUAUACCAGAAACACUCAGGUAUACGAGAUGUACGUGGCCGGAUACCAAUUCAAGGUUCUCUCUCCGGUAUUCACGGGUCACUGGGGUCUACAGACAAGAAAGACCAGACCAGCUUGGCGCGAACGACAGAACAGUGCCAACAGGAAGCACUUCGAGACGUUUAAGAAGGAAGUUUUCGCCCGUUACAUGCGCGAUCCUUUGAAGAUGAUGAAGAACCCUCACUGACGAAAAGUUCGUCGAAGAUUUCGCUAAUUUAUUAGCGAGAUCUUGAUCGCCGUCCUUUUUAUUCGUCGCGCGGGGCUCUCACUGAACCAAUCGGGACAACCUUCGACGUCUUUGUCUCAAGGACGACGCUGGGCUCUAAUCGCUCUACCUGACACGGUGCCAUAAUGUUUAAGUUCUUAAACGGACGAACAAUUUCAUCGACCGUGUCAACGAUUCAAUUAGGAACGUAUCGAUUGAUUGCUCUAUUUUUCAUUGUAACCGAGACCAGAUCGUUUUCUAUAUAUUUUGUAUUCCGUAUGGAACUUGGAACAAUCAGUGAACUUGUAUAUCGAGAUUUUAGUAUUAAAUACUGGAAGACGAACAGUUUGAAAAACGUCUGUCUGCGUUGCUGCGCGCAAACAUCCGGUGGUGCACGUUUGAUUCGAGGUCUUCUUGCAUAAUAAUUUACCGACUAGGAAUAUUAAUAAAUUGACAAGUCACAAGUAGUAGAUUGUAGACUUGCGUUUGACAACUUUGCAAUUUUACAUCACGUAGAAUAAUCAUACGGCGUGUAGUUUCUUAAAUUUAUUUACACGGUCGAACCGUUUCUUACGUUACGAAAAUUGUUACCGCUACAAGAGAGAGUUUAUUAGUCCUGGUGACUUGUGACUUGUAAAAUUUCACUGAUAACUAGUUCAAUGGUGCAAA